UUAAAUAAAUAAAUCAGAAGCUCAGUAAAUCAAAGGAGAAGUGCAAUGCUGACAAUGACACAUAUCGACUUUGGUCUUCGAAGUCCACUGCGAGUACUUCCUUUGCCUCACCCUCCUAAACCCUCCAAAUUCAGCUCUUCCAAUGCUGGUUCUUACACCCUUUGUUCCGCCAGCAAGUGGGCCGACCGCCUCAUCUCUGAUUUUCAAUUCACCUCCGCCGCCGACUCCUCUCCUCUCUCCUCAACAUCUGUCACUCUCACUCCUCCUCCCCCUCUCUCUCCUCCCGACCGUCACCUCUCCCUCCCCAUCGACUUCUAUAAGAUUUUAGGCGCCGAGACUCAUUUUUUAGGAGAUGGUAUCAGAAGAGCUUAUGAAGCUAGGGUUUCUCAACCACCUCAGUAUGGUUUUAGUCAAGACGCAUUGAUCAGCCGUAGACAGAUUCUUCAAGGCGCUUGUGAAACCCUAGCUAACUCUAGGUCCAGAAGGGAAUACAACCAAGGCCUUGUUGACGAUGUAGACGAAACAAUCCUCGCUGAAGUCCCCUGGGACAAGGUUCCUGGAGCUUUGUGUGUGCUGCAAGAAGCAGGGGAGGCAGAACUGGUGCUUAGAGUUGGAGAGAGUUUAUUAAGAGAAAGACUACCCAAGGCUUUCAAGCAAGAUGUUGUCUUGGCAAUGGUGCUUGCUUAUGUUGACAUGUCCAGAGAUGCCAUGGCAUUGAUUCCGCCUAAUUUUGUCAGAGGUUGUGAACUGCUGGAGAGGGCUUUGAAGCUCUUGCAGGAGGAAGGAGCCAGCAGUCUUGCUCCAGACUUGCAGGCGCAGAUUGAUGAGACUUUGGAGGAGAUAACCCCACGUUGUGUUCUGGAACUUUUAGCCUUACCCCUUGGUGAUAAAUACCAAGCAAGAAGAGAAGAGGGUCUUCAUGGUGUGCGUAACAUAUUAUGGGCUGUUGGAGGAGGUGGAGCACCAGCAAUUGCUGGGGGAUUCACGCGUGAAGGUUUCAUGAAUGAGGCGUUCUUACGUAUGACAGCAGCAGAGCAGGUUGAGCUGUAUAAUGUCACACCACAUAAUAUCCCAGCAGAAAGUUUCGAAGUUUAUGGAGUUGCACUUGCUCUUGUUGCUCAAGCCUUUGUGAGUAAGCAACCUCAACUCAUUCGAGUUGCAGAUAGAAUGUUCUGUCAACUUCAGCUGAUGAAGGUAGCACCUUUAGGUGACCCUGCCUCUAUCCAUUCUCCCAAAGAAAAUUAUGAGCUUGACUUUGCAUUGGAGAGGGGACUAUGCUCAUUGCUUGUAGGUGAUAUUGAUGGUUGUCGCGUAUGGUUGGGCUUAGAUAGUGAUAAUUCACCAUUCAGAAAUCCUUCUAUUGUAAAUUUUGUCCUGGAGAACUCAACAGCUGAUGAUGAAAACAUUGAAAAGGAUCUUCCUGGGCUCUGCAAGCUGUUGGAGACAUGGUUGACAGAAGUGGUUUUCCCCAGAUUCAGGGACACCAAAGAUAUAUUGUUCAAGCUUCAUGAUUACUAUGACGAUCCUACUGUCCUGAGAUAUUUAGAGAUGCAAGGAAAUGGUGAUUCACCCUUGGCUGCAGCUGCUGCAAUUGUGAAAAUUGGGGCUGCGGAGGCUUCUGCUGUUCUUGAUCAUGUAAAGGCUAGUGCAAUUCAGGCUUUGCAGAGGGUGUUUCCUCUUGGUCAGCGUGACGACAGCAUGAAGAAUCAAGAUGGAGAGAGACACAAUUAUUUUUCUCUUGUAGAAACUGAUGAGCCUAUGGAGAAGUUUGAUCAUCAUGAUAUUUUCAUGGCUGAUACUCCUGGAACAAGUAGUUCUGAUAAAUUACAUGAAGAACAAUUGAUUACAGAAAAAAUUAAAGAUGCUAGUAUGAAGAUUAUGAGUUUUGGAUUGGCAAUUGGGUUGAUAACUUUUGCUGGCCUGAAGUUUUUGCCUGCCAGGAACAGUAUAUCUGAUCCACGAAAUUUAAUUGGUUUACCUAAGGCAUCUGAUGUCACUAAUUUGGGGUCCUUCAGGGAUGAAAAUUUUGGGGAGGAAUUAUCUAGAAUGGAUGCAAGGUUAGCAGAAGAUUUAGUUCGCAAGUGGCAGAAUAUCAAAUCUCAGGCUUUUGGACCUCAUCGUUCCCUAGUGAAACUGUCUGAGAGUCUGACAGGUUUUGGGAGGUCAGAUGUUAAAGAUAUGGGCAGAUCGUGCAGCUGAAAUUGCAGAACUUGGUUGGGUAUAUGAUUAUACUCUCUUAAACCUGAGCAUAGACAGUGUGACUCUUUCACAAGAUGGGAAGCGUGCCUGGGUGGAAGCAACUGUAGAAGAGUCUGCCCACCUCACGGACACAGUUCAUCCAGAGAACAGCGAUUCAAAAACCACAACCUACACAACCAGAUAUGAAAUGUCAGGUUCAAAUUCUGGAUGGAGAAUCACUGAAGGAUCUAAGAUCAUUUAUAAGUAAUGUAUAGAAUAAUUUUUUUGCCAUAUGAUAAUGCCAUCUUUGCAUUUUUCACCUUAUAUACGAAAGUGGCAUUAAUUGAUAAUUUCUUUAAAUAAUAGAAGUUACUUUCUCCCAAA